UUUUGUUAAACGCAAACAUUAACGAUGUAGCUAACGUUAGCUAAGCUAGCUAGCUAGCUAUCGCAGUGAUUUCAUCAGAGUUAUAACACAUUUGCUUAAGCUCGAGUUCUAUCGCUGGUGUGAAUUAUAGUAACGUAUAUUAACUACCGUUAAUCGUAUGGCAUUACAUUGUGUUUACAACGGGGGGGAAGUCGUAUAAUUAUGCUAGCAUAGUAACGUUUCACGUACUCCUUACCCAACGCGGUCUUGGAGCUGUAUUUCAAACCUCACUUCCGGAUCCGGUUUCUCGACGGACGAUGUUUGGCGGAAAACCACAGGGGCGCAGUUUCAUCACAUUUGCACCUGACGACUGACACGCGAGCCCUGCUGCGGCCCGUGCCAUAGGCUGUCCAGGAUCACAUGUCGAUUUCCAGGUGAGAGCGAGGAGGAGGAGCCAAAGGAGCGAGACGUCUCCGGAUCUGAGACCACACGUCAUGACAGGCCAAAGUUUUCAUCCUUGAGAAGUUGAUGGAAAAACAGCAGCGUGUCAACAUAAAGUGGAUCCGGAGCGGAUACAAAGAAGUAUCGGGCCAAAGAGGUAAACAGCGAGUCUGAUGGCACAAGUAGAGCCACUGUAUGACUUCCCGGAGCCCAACCAGUCGUCAGAGCGGAAGUUGCCGGGGCAUCAAAAGGGCCGGGGCUCCCUGAGAAGCGUCAGCGUACUGGACCGUCUCCUGCUCACAGUUCCUGUCUGGCUGCAGCUCUCCAUCAACCCGGCCACCGCUCUGCACAUACUGCAGAGGGAGCCUCCUGGGAACUUCCUGGUGCGCAAGUCUCGCACGUCACAGAGAAACGUUCUGUGUGUGCGCUUGGCGGAUGACAGCGUGCCCUCCUUUGUUCAACAAUUUGGCAUCAGGGAGGAACAAUCCAGCAAAACUCUGUCCCUGGAGACUUCAGCCAUCAGCUUUCCAGAUCUCCCAAGACUAAUUUCCUUCUACUGUGUCAGCAGAGAUGUUUUACGCUUCCCUUUGGAGCUUCCUGAAGCCAUUGCAAAGGCGACAUCCCACAAAGAGCUUGAGUCCAUCUCACAUAUGGGAAUAGAAUUCUGGAAUUCCCACCUAAACGUCCGUGGGCCUCGGGAGGCCCCAAAGCCACAGAGAGACAAGGAGAAGAAGCCAGACGCAGUAACCUCAGUCUCGCCCGCUGACGCCCCACAGACGGAUUCAGCCCACCAGCCCGACUCAGACAACCAGCUCAAGACGGCAACUCGUGCCGGCACCGACGACAAACGAGCAGGUUCAAAUCCCACCCUGUUCCAUGAGUUCUGUCCAAUCACGACACGCAGCCCCCGAGAGCUGGACUAUGGCUCCGGCCAGGGCGCCCUCUGUUUCAUCAACCCCCUUUUCCUGCAGUCCCAGACUUCGUUGUCCAGACGGCGCAUGUUCAGCCGCAGCCUUAAGGUUCGGAUUUCCACAGAGUCUUCAAGCCUGCUUUCGCCCCCACUCGCUCCUCCACCUCCACCACCGCUAAUGCCCAAAACCAAAGGAAAAUGUAAUGCCCAAAAACGGGGAAAAGAAACCGUCCAUCCCAGUAAAGGUCUGGUAGAAGCUGAAAACCCAGGUGAAGCCGCUCAGAUUCAGACAGUUCAGGACACCCGGGGCCAAAUGCAGAUGGAACCGGGCCAAAGUGAAGCUGGAGCCAUCGUAAUGGAGACUCUUCCACAGGAUUCAGACUACAUGCAGCCCUCUCCAAUGAUCAGCUUCUCCAAUUUGCCAUCACUCUCUCCUUCCCUCUCCCCAUAUGUUUCUCCCAUGGCGCCUCCCCUUUUCCCCAAAGUAUCUCUGUCCCUCUCUCCUUAUGGCUCUCCGGGGGCUUCUCCCUCUCUCUCCCCUUACCAAUCCCCAUGUCUCUCUCCAUAUGACUCACCCAGCGCUUCACCGUCCCUUUCACCAUACCAGUCCCCAUCUCCUUCUCCGAAGGUCCCCUUCUGUCUCUCCCCCUUCACCUCUCCGUCCUUCCUUCAGCUGGAAGAGCAGGCAUAUCACACGCCUUCUGCUCCUUCAAGACCAGAUCAGCAAAGCUCAGAGAGAGAGGCAGAGGAGGAUGGAGCAGGUGCAGAUGUAAUUAAGGAGGAAGACGGCACAAAAGAGGACCCGCACACAAAGAGGGAACAGGAGGAAAGGGGUCUGGUUUUACAGAUGAAUGCUGCUUCGCUAAACGACACAGACAGCUGCAGUUUCUUCAGUAGCCUUGAGGGAGCAGCGGAGGCUCCACCUUACUCCGCCCACCAACAGGACAAUGCUACAAGCCUCUAGUGAACAAACAUUUUAGACUGGAACUGAUUUACAUUCAUUAUGAAGCACAGUGUAGAGUUACAUGUGAAUCUCAGGGUCUCACCCUGAGAUAAUUAGAAUAUAGCAAAGCUUUGAAUUAAAUGUUUUUCAAAACCAAAACUUUGUCACAAUACUGUUUUUUUUGUUUCAACUGCAAAUGAUGUGCACUUUGAUGCACCAUUGCCAAACAUUUCCUAAAGCAUACCAACAGUUGUUUGACUACUUUGUGAACGGACACAAAGCCAUUUGUUUCUUUAUCAGUAUUUUCUAUUUUCUGUAAUUUAGUAAUUUCACUCUAAACUUUCAUGAGAGGAAGUCAUCACAAUUAACCGGUUUGUCUUUAUUUUGCGUGUCCAUCAGGUUUAUUGGUGUCUGGCUAUCCGUCCGGAACGUCCAGAGGGAAUUUCUUCAAAUUUGGCACUAAAGUCAAUUUGGACUCAGUCAUUUUUCUUUUACAAAUCAACACUAGGAGACAUUAUUCUGAUUCCUUGUAGUUGUGGAGUCUUCCUUUGAUGGAAACCAACACCGGUGCUUUCUACAGUGUUCAGUUUGAUUUUAAUAACUCUGCAGAUGACACACAGACAUCAAGCAUGUGCAUUAGGGUAAUUUCUAAAAUAUAUUGAAAGUCAAUCUGAGCUUGUGGAUGAAUUUCAUAAUGAAAUGAACGACGGUCUGACGG